AUGGCUGAUGCACCCGCGCCCGCUUUCCCCUCCUCCGCGACGCAAAAGCUGGAGCUCUUCAAGAAGGCCAGCGAAAAUUUUCGCAGCAUGGAGGAGCUCUCUGAUGACGACAUCAGAGUGCUGAUGAGAGCGUCGGGCGCAUCGCAGUGCAGACGCAUGCUGGGCAUCGGCCACGACGCUCUGUUGUCGCUGGACGGUCAAUAUCGCCAGCGCAUCGCGACGAGGGACGCAGCUCUCAACUUCGCCAAGGCCCACAUGACAGCACAGGGCGUCGUCAUGCAGCCGCCGACGGUCACCAGCAAGACGGCGGUCAAAGGGGACGGCAAGGGCGCUGCCGCUACAUUGCCGAAGCCGAGUACCACGCCGCCGCCGCCGGCUACACGACCAGGUGCUUCCUCUUCGAGUGGUGGACAACAGGCUCCCGCGCCGCCGCCUUUGCCGAGUCGACCCGCGGCUUCGUCGACAAGUGGUGGACAGACAAGCCCGGUGCCGAAGGAGGACCCGCCACUCCCUCCUCCCAAGGCGGCACCGCCGCGCGCCGCCACGCAGGCGAAGCCAGCCAACAAGCCGACACAGGCGGCCGCCAAGAAGACCGCACAGCCCGUGGUGAAGCGCCCGCCGGUCAUACAGCCAGUCGACCCCUUGGCGGCAGUCUUCACGGAGCCCUUCAUCGACUCGGUGGCGGCCGACGUCGACCUCAUGGUUUACCAGACGGAGGCGCCCAAGGAGGAGCCGCAGGUCCACGCAGCUCCGCCUCGCCCCGAUGUCGGCUACAGGGACUACCUGGACAUGAUCGCGCCCGACCUGGAGUUCCACAUGCAAGCUGCGCCCGCUCCGCAGCACAUCCUGCCACCCGUGCCGGGCUCAUCCCUUGCCAGCUCUGAAGACGGCGGAGCAGACAACGACCAGCUGAUCGACCUCGACACGGAGACCGAGGAGGACCCCAUGGACGACCCCGCGGAGCAGGACCAAGGGGACGACGACGAUGGAGACGACCAGGGCCCGCCUCGCAUCGUACAGAGGUCCGUUCUGUGCACCGCGCCUGCCACACCGCCGUGGGACUCUGGAGCUGCUGCCUCGUCAGCAGCCACAGUGGGCGACACGGAGCAGGGUCAGCAGGACGCAGCGGGGGACGCAGCAGCAGCAGGUGACACCGCAGGUGGGCAGACAGCUCCAGUGCAGGACCCGCCCGUCGCACCCGCCCCGCAGAGCAGCUGGCCACCACAAGACCAGGUGGCACGCGAAGCGCGACGAGCUGCUCGCAGACAGCGCGAGGUGGACGCAGAGGCCCGCUGGGCGGAUGAGCCCGACCCAUGCAACGUGCUCCCGAAUGAGACGAGCACAAUAUGGUCGCUUCCGCCAGGUGUUCCCGAACAGCCUGUGCCUUCGCGCUACGCCGACUCGCGAGUGCACGGCUUUUGCAACCUCGGUUGUGAAACACCGAAGAGGCACCGCACUGACGUGUGCUUAGGACACGCUGAUAUCAGUGUCCGGGUGCCACAUGUCUUUUCGAUCUUCCUCGCCUCGCAGAGCGCUGGUGCAAAAAGAAGGGACCGAGUGAAGUGA